AUGAAAACCGCAGGAGAGACUUCGUUUGCAAAGGUUGAUGAUAAUGCUCACACUCGAGUACAUGACGCUGUGGGCACACAAUUCACAUUUCCAAUGUAUGGUUUACAACCAGGUUACACACCGUCUAUUGGAGAUCAUUCAGAGGCAGAGCAUACUUCUUUGGCUUUUCCCGUAACUAGCAAUGUACUUCCCAUUAAAGAAGCGAAGGAUAAACUUGAAGUUCUAGAAGGUAGACUGAGAGCCAUAGAAGGAUUUGAAAGUUACGGGUUUAGUGACGUGGCAAGGUUGAGUUUGGCUUUAGGAGUGACCAUUCCACACAAGUUUAAGGUGCCAGAAUUUGAGAAAUACAAGGGAAACACAUGCCCUAAGAACCAUUUGACCAUGUCUUGUCGAAAAAUGGCUGCCUACGCAUACGACGAUAAACUACUUAUUCAUUUCUUUCAAGAUAGUUUGGCUGAAGCAGCGUUGAGUUGGUAUACACAUAUGGAAUCCUCUCAUAUCUAUUCUUGGACAGAUUUGGCAGAUGCCUUUGUAAGACAGUACAAAUACAACAUGCAUGUCGCGCUAGACAUGUUACAAUUGCACCAUAUGGCAAAGAAAGAUGAUGAGUCUUUUAAAGAAUACGUGCAACGAUGGAGAGAAUUGGCAGCGCAGGUUGAGCCACCUCUAUACGACAAAGAGAUGGUUGCAAUGUUUGUGAGUACACUACAACCACCUUUUUAUGAGCAUAUGAUUGGAAAUAUGACUUCCAAUUUCGCUGAUAUUAUCAUCAUAGGCGAAAGAAUCGAGAUUGGGUUGAAGAAUGGGAAAAUUACAUCUCAAGCCACCACUCCAAAAAAAUCCAUUUUUAAUCCGGAAAAAGAGAAAGAAGGGGGAGUACAUGCAACGUCAACAAUACCCAUAUGGGAAGGUCAUGUGCCCACUCAUAUUUAUCAACCAAGUUUGAGUUACCCUCCUUAUGUGAACAAUACAGUGUCUGGUCCCCAAACAAUAUCUCAACCACCAGGAUAUUAUCAACCACAACAGGCUAAUGCAGGGGCACUGGAGCCGGUUUAG